AUGCCGAAUAGAUUCAUUUCUAAGUUUCGUCGAGGAACUCACAUACCAAAAUCAACUGAGACAGAAUUUGGUAAAAUAACAGCAGUAGAAGAGGAAAAAGAUCAUCAUGAAUGGGAUCAUCCACUUGAAUUUGUAUUUUCUUUAAUUUCAAAUUCAGUUGGUCUUGGAAAUGUUUGGCGUUUUCCAUAUUUAGCUGCUAAAAAUGGUGGUGGUGCAUUUUUAAUACCAUAUUUUAUAUUAUAUUUUUUGAUUGGUGCACCAAUUUAUUAUCUUGAAUUAGCACUUGGUCAAUUUUCUAGUCGAGGUCCGGCUACAGCAUUUAUACUUGCUAAAGGAUGGCAAGGUGUUGGAUUUGCAAUGAUAAUAAAUAGUGUACUUUGUAUGUUCUAUUAUAAUGUCAUUAUAAGUUGGGCUUUAUUUUAUUUUAUUGCAUCAUUUCGAAAAACUCUUUUAUGGAAAAACUGUGGAUAUUGGUGGAAUGAUGAAAGAUGUUUUGUUCCUAGUAUUGAUAGUACACCAUUUACAGUUAAUGGAACAAUGUAUAAUUGUACUGAAUUACAAUUUCUUCAUAACACAGAAUAUUUGUGUGAACCAAUCAAUGCAAAAGAUCGAGUUACAGCUACAGAACAAUUCUUUUAUCAAUUACUUUUAAAUAAAAGUCAACGAUUUGAAGAUUUUGGUAUACCUCGAGUAUAUCCAGCUAUUUCAUUAUUAGUUGCUUGGAUUAUUGUUGGAGCAUGUAUUAUUCGAGGUGUUAAAUCUUCUGGAAAAGUUGCAUAUUUUACAGCUAUUUUUCCAUAUAUUGUUCUCCUUGUAUUAAUUAUUCAAAGUUCAUUAUUAGAUGGAGCUGUUGAAGGAAUCAAGUAUUAUGUUAUACCACAAUGGGACCUUGUUGCAAAGUUUGAAACUUGGCAAGCAGCUGCAUCUCAAGUAUUUUUCUCACUUGGCCUCAGCUUUGGCUCAUUAAUGGCUUAUUCAGCAUCAAAUAAAUUUAAAAAUAAUUUUUUUCGACAAAUGUGCAUUGUUGUAUCAUGUGAUUGUUUUACUGGUGUAUUUGCUGGUUUUGCCGUAUUUGCCACGAUUGGAUAUUUGGCAAAAGAAUUAAAUGAACCAGUUUCAAAAUAUGCUGAUGCAUCUGGUCCUGGUUUAGCAUUUAUAACUUAUCCAGAAGCAAUUGCACAUAUGCCAGCUAGUUCAUUUUUCUCGAUUCUUUUUUUUUUAAUGUUACUAGCACUUGGACUUGGUUCACAGUUUGCUUUAACAGAUGUUCCAAUAACAUCAAUAUUGGAAUUAUUUCCAAGAUUUAAAUCCAAUAGACAAUCAGCAGUGAUAAUUACUUGUAUUAUUUCAUUUUUAAUUAGUUUACCAUUUACAUGUCCAGGUGGUAUUUAUUUAUUUGAAUUAUUAAAUCAAUAUGCAGCAAAUGUAUCAAUGAUUGUUGUUGGAUUUUUUGAAGUAUAUACAAUUGCUUAUAUAUAUGGAUUUAAUCGAUUUAUGAAUGAUGUUAAAAUGAUGUUAGGAAAACGUGCAGCUGAAUAUUAUUUAUUUGUAACAUGGUGUAUCAUGGCUCCAAUUAUUAUGCUGGUAAUAACAUUUUCAAAUUUACUGGGUGCUAAACGAAUGUCAAAUAGCGCUGGUGCUGGUUAUGAAGCUUAUAUAUAUCCUGAUUGGAGUAUGGUUGUAGGUUGGUGUAUAUUUGUUGCUUGUAUCAUACCUAUUCCAUUGGUUUUUAUUGUCAAUUAUAUUCGAGAAUAUUAUGCUCUUGGUCAAAGAGGAAUAAUUCGAAAAAUUGAUUCAUCAAUUGACAAUGAUCUUUACUAUUAUAACAAGUAUUUCGAAAAACCUCGCUAUAUGGAAGCAUUUACACAAAAUAAUUCACCUCGAUAUGAUUGGGGACCAAAGAAAAGUGCAAAUCAUUAUGGGUUAUAUGCUCAUUUAAAAUCAAUCAGAUCAAAUGAAAACAUGGUUCUUGAUGCAUUAACUAAAUCAAGAACCAAUGGAUAUCUAAAUGAAAGUUUUCAAGAAGAUUACAUUACUGAUAAAAGUACUCUACAGACGCCAAGAGAACGAUUUUAA